CAAUUGAGUGUUAACAGUGGUCGUACUUGGUUUAACAGUUUCUAGCUUUAGGCAUCUAUCAGAAGGAUCUGAGUGAGCCGUGCACUCCGAUCGGGACAUUAAACUCUUUCAUAACCAAAAGCAGCGUGCCAGUUCUGCACUCGAAAUGCCUCGAUCAUUUCUAGUAAAGAAGCAUUUUUCAAGCAGCAAGAAGCCAAACUACAGCGAGCUAGAGAGUCAAACAGUGUAUAUUUCUCCAUUCCUAUUUGAUAACUACCAUUUACCAGUGAUCCCGGCGCCUGAAAUCCUGUGCUCCAGUUCGUACUAUCCUAGCACCACCAUUGCUGUCUGGGACUCCGGGCUGUUGAGCUCCUUGUACAGUAACGAACCCCCGGACUACAGCCAAGCGGACAGCCCUGCAUCCACCGAGGAGAGGGAAACCAAACCUUUGGACCUGACUUCCUUGUCCAGCGAGGAUGAUGAUGGGUGCAAGAGCUCAGAACCACCGAGUCCAAGGUCGACAGGCUCCGGAGAAGCAGACAAGUUCCCGUGCGCUCAGUGCCAUAAGUGCUAUUCCACAUUCGCUGGCCUCUCCAAGCACCAGCAGCUGAGCUGCGAGGCGCAAGCUCCAGGCAGGAAAAGUUUCAGCUGCAAGUAUUGUGACAAAGAGUAUGUGAGCCUGGGAGCCCUCAAGAUGCACAUAAGGAGCCACACGCUGCCCUGUGUCUGCAAAAUUUGUGGGAAAGCUUUCUCAAGACCAUGGCUUCUACAAGGACACAUCCGAACACACACAGGAGAAAAGCCGUUUUCUUGCACACACUGCAGCAGAGCCUUUGCAGACCGGUCGAAUCUCAGAGCUCACCUACAGACACACUCAGAAGUCAAGAAAUAUCAGUGCAAAAACUGCUCCAGGACUUUCUCCAGAAUGUCACUGCUUCACAAGCACGAAGAAACGGGAUGCUGUGGAACCCGAUAAAUGACUUAUCUACUAAACAGAUACAUAUACACAGUAUGUAUUACUCAAAGGACAUGUCAGUGUGGUUGUAGUGCCAGAAGCGUUACUUAAUGGACAUCCAGUGCCUUAGGGUAUCCCCGUCGUACCGUGCUUCUGGCUCAAUCACUGUUCUGUUGCUGAGAAUCUAAAGCUUUCAUAAUGGUAUUCUUAAGAAAAAAUAUGGUAGAUUGUACCAAGAGUGCUAAAUUUGCAAUUUGAAUGCAAUACAUUCUAAUUCAAGUCAACACUUUUUGCUAUGAAGGAACAAGUCAAAAUGUUUACCAAGCUUGCAGUUGGGUUUGAUUCCUUGUAUAUGUUUUGUAUACAUGUGUAAGCCAAGUACUGCCUGGAAAAAGAAAACUGAACUAUGCAAUAAUGUUACAUUUGUUUAAGAGGCAGACGGUUUGCUACAACAUGAUGCCAGUUUGCAAAGCUUCUGAACUUAACAAUACCCAAAACAAGACAGACUGGUGGUCACUUCAGACAGGAAUCCUGUUUACUGUGAACUAUGCAGUUGAGCACCUGUUAAUGUGCUUCUUAACAACUGUUUUUCAGUGGAACUGCAACUAAUGAACAUUUGUUAGGCAAUACAAUCACAGACUGUAGAAAGAGCUGGCCAUUGGCAGGUGUGUGUUUACAGGCGUAGACAGGUGUCUCCUGAAUGCUUCUUCAUCUUGUGCAGUGCCUUUUUUUUUUUUUACACAGUUGAAAGAAAUAGUUGUUUACAUUUAUGAAAGGUACACUGGUAUCUGUUUAUAUUUUUAUGUGCCACUUUUUGUAUUGAGAACCUUUUUUAUAUAUA